AUGAAAAUCUAUUUCAUUACAUCGCUUAUUGGCCUAUCCGUUUUGCUUUGUCAUGCUCAAACAGUGAAUAGAAAAAAUCUACCAACAUUUUUAUUAUGUUCUGAUGAAAAUUGUAUCAACAGUAUAUCUACUGGUACACUGAUUCAAGAUGUUAGUCUUGGGGAUAGAAAAGUAUUUACCAAAAAUACACUUGUAGAUAUUAUAGCAAAAAGUGCUGAUAAUGAUAAUUCAGUGAUUAAAGUUAAAGUGGGCAAUGAUUACUUCUAUAUUGAUUCAAGUUUUGUUCAUGAAAAGCAAUCACCAUUGAGUUCACGGAAUUUAUUAAAAAUUGUGAAUGGAGACAAUAACCGAGAAGUUUCAACUCCUCCUGCGCUUUCAACUGAUCACCACAAUAAUAAUAAUGUCAAAGAUUCAAAAAAUGCAAUUAAAACAAAUUUGAAAAAAACAGAGACUACAAAAAAUAAAGAUGGCGCACAAAAGUCUAAUAGCCGUGAAAAAGUCCUGGAAGAAUCUCAUUUUGAAGAAGCUGACCAGGAUAUUGAAUCGGGAAAUGGUAAUGCCGAAGUUAACACAUUCUAUGACGACAAUGAUAAUUUAGUUUAUAUCGACAAGAAAAAGCGUUCUCCUCGCUUUAUGUCUGACAGUGAAUUAGCACUUGAAAAUCGCAGAUUUUCAGAGGAUUACCCUGAAGACUGGGACUCCUAUCCGGCGAAUUCAGAAUACACAGACCUACCGGGGCAGGUAUAUGCUGCUAAUGAGCAUAGAGAAAUGAAAAGUGAUCAAAUUCCAGUGAACAAUAGGCAAACAAACCAAAGAGUUGAGAGAAGUCAAGCCCAUCGGGAUAAGGAACAACAAAAAUCAAGUGAAGUAAAUAGACAAGUUGACCAAACUAGUAUUCAUCCAUCGCCUACCUCUGCUCCGACUGGUAUUGAUGUUGCAUCAGAAAAGUCAUCUUCAGUUGAUGCUGUUAAACAGGUGUCAUCACCACCUACUGCUUCGAGUGCAGUUAAUAAAGCGCCACCAUCUACCCCUCCAAGUGUAGUUGAAAAGAGAGUUGAUGAGACUGUUGUUCAUGCACCACAAGCAUCUGAUCCAACGGAUAGUGGUACUCCAGGAAAGCCAUCUCCAGCUGAUGUUGUUAAACAGGAGGCGCCAUCGCCCAUCCUCUCAAAUGUAGUUAAUAAAGGAAGUGAACAGACUGCUAGUCAUCCGUCACGUACCUCUCUUCCGACUGGUAUUCAUGUUGCAUCAGGAAAGCCAUCUCCAGUUGAUGUCUCCAGACAGGAGGCGCCACCAUCUACCCCUCCAAGUGUAAAUAGAAAAGGAGUUGAUGAAACUGUUGUCCAUGCACCACUGCACCUGUUCCAAGUGAUAAUAGUACUCCAGGAACUGUCACCAUCUACCCCUCCAAGUGUAGCCAAAAAAGGAGUUCAUGAGACUGUUGUUCAUGCACCACCUGCACCUGUUUCAAGUGAUAGUAGCACACCAGGAAAGCCAUCUCCAGUUAAAGUUUUUAAACAGGAAGCGCCCACACCUACCACUCCGAGUGCAGUUAAUAAAGGCAUUGAUGAAACUGGUAGUCAUCCAUUGCCUACCUCUGUUCCGACUGGUAUUGAUGUUGCAUCAGAAAAGCCAUCUCCAGUUGAUGUUGCUAGACAGGAGCCUCCACCACCUACAGCUCCGAGUGUAGUUGAAAAAGGAGUUGAUGAAACUGUUGGUCACGCACCACCUGAACCUGUUUCAAGUGAUAGUAGCACACCAGGAAAGCCAUCUCCAGUUAAAGUUUUUAAACAGGAAGCGCCCACACCUACCACUCCGAGUGCAGUUAAUAAAGGCAUUGAUGAAACUGGUAGUCAUCCAUUGCCUACCUCUGUUCCGACUGGUAUUGAUGUUGCAUCAGAAAAGCCAUCUCCAGUUGAUGUCGCUAGACAGGAGCCUCCACCACCUACAGCUCCGAGUGUAGUUGAAAAAGGAGUUGAUGAAACUGUUGGUCACGCACCACCUGCACCUGUUUCAAGUGAUAGUAGCACACCAGGAAAGCCAUCUCCGGUUAAAGUUUUUAAACAGGAAGCGCCCACACCUACCACUCCGAGUGCAGUUAAUAAAGGCAUUGAUGAAACUGGUAGUCAUCCAUUGCCUACCUCUGUUCCGACUGGUAUUGAUGUUGCAUCAGAAAAGCCAUCUCCAGUUGAUGUCGCUAGACAGGAGCCUCCACCACCUACAGCUCCGAGUGUAGUUGAAAAGGAGUUGAUGAAACUUGAUAGUAGCACACCAGGAAAGCCAUCUCCGGUUAAAGUUUUUAAACAGGAAGCGCCCACACCUACCACACCGAGUGCAGUUAAUAAAGGCAUUGAUGAAACUGGUAGUCAUCCAUUGCCUACCUCUGUUCCGAUUGGUAUUGAUGUUGCAUCAGAAAAGCCAUCUCCAGUUGAUGUCGCUAGACAGGAGCCUCCACCACCUACAGCUCCGAGUGUAGUUGAAAAAGGAGUUGAUGAAACUGUUGGUCACGCACCACCUGCACCUGUUUCAAGUGAUAGUAGCACACCAGGAAAGCCAUCUCCAGUUGAUGUUGGUAAACAGGAGCCGCUACCAUCCAUCCCUUCAAACAUAGUUGAUAAAGGGGUUGAUGAAACUGUCGGUCAUGCACCACCUGCACCUCUUCCAAGUGAUAGUGAUGUAUCAAGAAAGCCGACUGCUGAUGUUAUUAAGGAAGAUCCGUCACCGUCCAUCCCUUCAAAUACAGUUGAUAAAGGAGUUGAUGAGACUGUCGGUUAUGGACCACCUGCACCUGUUCCAAGUGAUAAUGAUGUAUCAAGGAAGCCGACUGCAAAUGCUGUUGAGGAAGAGCCGUCACUGUCCAUCCCUCCAGGUGUUGUAGUUAAUGAAGAAUUUGAUCGGACUACCAGUCAUACACCACUGGCAUCUGAUCCAAUGGAUAAUGAUACUCCAGGAAAGCCGUCUCCAACUGGUGUUAUUAAAGAACAGUCGAUACCAUCCAUGCCUUUGAAUGUAGUUGAUAAAGGCGUUGAUCAGACUGAUAUUGAUGUUGCAUCAGCAAAGCCAUCUCCAGUUGAUGCUGUUAAACAUGAGGCAUCACCAUCUAUUCCUUCAAGUGAAACCGUUAAAGAGAUAAUUGAUCAGACUGGUAAUGAUGUCGUAUCAUCAAAUGUAUCUAUGGAUAAUGUUAUCUUAGAUCCAACAAUAAGUAUUUCUUCAUUUCAUCAUGAGAAUAUCACCUUACCUGAUCAUAGUUCCUUGUCAGAUAGUGAAUCUCCAUCAGAAAGUAAUCUCUUACAGCAUAAUAAUGACACAAUCGUCUCACAUGAACUAAAUCUUGAAGGUGCGAAAUCACAACGUCAGACUGUCGAUUUAAGCAAAUUCAACUGUCCAGCAAUAUGUCAAGAAUUAUAUGAAUCCUGCGAUUUUCCAGUACACAUAGGAUUAGUACAAUGUUUAUACUUCGCGGCGAACGCUAGUUUUCUUGAAGCGCAUAAGGCAUCGUAUAAAUCACCUUUAUCACGUUUACUAAUUAAUGGAAUUGUCUAUUUUUUUAGAACUGCCAAUUUAUCACUUCAAUACUUCCCUGAAAAUAUAGUCACAAGUAUAAAUCAUCUGCUUUUAACAACAUGUUCUAUAUCAUUACAUUUUGUCAUUGCAUGGAUGCUAUUUGCAAUUCAUUUAAUAUUUGCUUGGAAUUUAGGCAAAGGCAUAAACUACUUGUUUUACAGAUAUAUUUCCCCACAAAAAUAUCCAUCUACAUCCUCGAGUGAUUAUAUAAGACUUGAAGAGUAUAGUAUUCAAUUGGCAAGUCAACUGUCAGAUAUGGAAGAAUCGAAUGCACACUUAUCAAAAUGGGCUAACUCCCUACAACGUAAACUACAAAGUCUUCAAGAAGAGUACACAUCGAAAUUGUCAGCGAUUACACUAUCAGUUGAUGAUUCACACGAGUCGUUUAUACGUGUCCAAUCCGAGUUGAAUCGUCUGAAAGAUGCGCAUAGUCUACUAGAAAGAAAUUCCCGUUCAAAAUUACAAGAUAAAGAAGAAGCGAUUCGUGAGCUACACACAGAAAUUGAUCAUUUAAAACAGUUAAAUGCUGAGAAUGAAGAAAGCUGGAAAAUGAAGCUAUCAAAAAUUGAAGAAAAUAAUCAUAAGUCUAUAGAGGAGUUAAAAGAUGAACAAGAGAAACUGUAUUCACAAGCUAACAUAUAUUAUAAUAGAAUGAAGACAAUGCAAUCAGAGGUAGAUAAAAUUAUCGAGUCACGUAAGUUGACUGAAGAAAAGUUGAUUGCUAAAGAAGCAGAAUUUCAAAGUCUACUCACCACCUUCAAUACACUGAAAAGUCUUGAAGUAAUAUUUGAACAAGAAACUUCUUCUUUAAAACAUGAAACAGAUUCAACUGAAGAAAAUGAAAUCAGCAUAACGGAUAAUCUAUCUCAUACAAGUGGUAUAUCAGAAGAUGUAGUAGUUGAUCUAGACAAAUCGCGUACUGUUUCUCAAAGUGAUAUAUCUAGCUUAAAUGAUGAAGUUGACAGUCAUCAUCGUCGAACAGAAAAGUCGAAACUACAUGAACACUUAUCAUUUCUUUUGGAUAUCGGUCGAUUGCAUGCCCAAAUCCGACUUAAAGAUGAACAGAUAAAAAGUGAAGAAUUUAAAGCGAAAAAUGAACAUGACCUAAGAAUUGAAGUUGAGUCGAAACUGGAAGAAAUAGAAAAAGAAAACUCCAUCUUAAGAACUAAUCAAACUCAACUUGAACAAGAGAAAAAUGCACUUCAAACUAAGCUGGAUAUUUUAUCAGAGUACUUUAAAGAACGUGAACUUGAAUUGCAAAGAGAUUUGGGGAAACAUGUUGUAGUCGGUUCUGAGUCAUCAGAAGCUCUUGUCAAUAGUCGAAAGCGUAAUCAAGAGCUUGAAGCCGAAGGCAGAGUCCUUCGAGAACAGAUAUCAGCUUUACGCCGUGAACUAGCUGAAACUGAACGCACAAGUAGACGGCAAAAAUCAGAGUUGGAUAAACGGUGUCAUGAAAAUUGGUUAGCAGCUCGUGCAUCUGAUCAUCAAGUUCAAGAGCUUCGUGAGGAGAAUUCAACUCUUCGACAAAAAUUGAUUGAAUCAGAAAAUAGUAAUCUACGGUCAUCAAUGCGUGGAUUCUCAGAAAAACCGGGAUCAUUUGAAAAGAUCAUGAAUGUAUUCCCAAGACCUUUGUUACCAUCUAGUUUCAUGAAAAAUACCACUGGGAAUACAAAUUCUCUGUCAAGACAAUCAUUAACAAGUUUGUCUUCUCAACGAUCCGUAGCUGAAGCCAAUCCAUUUCCAUUCAUCCCACCGCCUCCGCCGCCACCACCUGGAAUUAUGCCAUUCCCAGGUGGUCUGAAGGGAGAUGCCAGACCGCCGCCACCACCACCACCCCCAGGACAUAUGUUGCCAGGAUUUCCUCCAGUACCUUUCCCUCCAGGAUUUCUACCUCCACCUCCAUUUCCACCUGUUACAAAAUCUAAUAUUGAUCAACAUAAACAACAACAUCAGCAGGGUUCCCCCUCUUCAGUAAGUGGGUCACUGAAAUGA